CACACACACACACACACAGGUUAGUGUUGAUUUAAUUGACCUGGAGGUGGGCACGAUGAAAACUUGCAGCAGAUCACCCCUUCUCCUUCUGUGGUUCAUUCACGUCACAAUCCCAGCAGUUCUUGAGGCACAAGAAGUCAAAGUCUGGCCUGAAGUGACAGAAUACCUGGGGCAUGAUGUCACCCUGCCAUGCACAUUCAUCCCGGGACCACAAGACGCUGGUAUUACCCAGGUUCAGUGGGAGCUCAAGCCACCAGAAGGAGAGAUCAUCAUCCUUAUUGUUUUAAAUGUUAAUUUUGGAGUUAUUGUUCCCAAUACGUCUCUGAAGGGCAGAGUGGAGCUUGAAGAACAGUCUUUGAUCAUUAGAGAUGUACAGAUGACAGAUGCAGGGCCGUACACCUGCAGCAUUACAACUUUUCCCAGUGGUACAUUUGAAGGAACCACCAACCUUGUUGUUCAAGGAGGGAAGCCGAUAUUACCAAGAAUGAUUGCUGCUGGGGUCUUUGUGCUGAUAGUGGUGACCAUUCUAGUCACAACUUACUUCAUCAUCAUCAGAAUAAGACGUGAGGUUUUGGUCGAACACCGUGUCUGUUAUGAUGGAGGUGGUGCAGUGGUGUGUGAAUGAAACGAGGAUCUUGGUCCACUCAUCCAGUGACAAACACACACAGUCUGCACCAAUGAGGAUGUCACACACUUCGAAGUGAUGGUUGGCAACUUAAAUAAGAGAGACUGAAA